CAUUUUAUUUUAGCAUUCGUUAUGAAAUAUGUAUAAUCGAUGUAUAAUCUGAAAUUGAAAUAUUUUGAACUCUGAUUGUUUAUUCUUACUUGUUAUUAUGAAAUGUUGAUAUAAGAAGUGAAUGAAAAAUCAUUGUGUGCACAUAUUGUCAUGAAUGCAUAAGAAUAGAAGAAAUAUAAUGUAACAGUAUUAAUCAUUUUUUGCAAAUAUUCGAAAACUAAAAUCAAUCAUCGAUUGUAUGUAUAAAAAGAAGUUGUUUUUAAUUUUAACAACAUCUAAAAAUGAUCAAAUUCUAUGAGGACAUCGUACGUUUUUAAAGUGACUAAAAUUUAAUUUUCCAUAAAUACAAUCUAGUUACUUUUACAUUUCGCUAGAAAUAUUAGGAAUCAGAGUUCGAUUUGUUUCUCAUUGAUUAUUAGUCAAUAUUAUUAUAGUUAAAUUAUUAUACUUCACUAUUAUUGAAUAAAAAUUUAUUAUAUCAAUAAAAAUAAUUAUUUUUUUAAGCGGUUACUGAAUUUUAAAUAAUAUUACGGAGAAGAAUUUUUAUUGGAAAUUGUGAAUAGCAAACAAGAAUUUUGCUCUCGUGCUUCUCAUUUAUUUCUCAUUUAUUUUCUUUCUUCUCCGGAUAUUAUAUUUGAAAUACAAUCUUUCCUCUAAACAAAUUAAGAAAGUAUGUAGUUAUUAUAUUUAUUGUCCAUUAUUUCACAUCAUGAAUCUUGUCGUGAUGUGAAAUCUUGUCGAUUUCCAUUUUUAUUAUAUCUUCAAUCCACGAAAUCAACAAUUUUAUGGUUAUUCUUUUUUAUUGCACAUUUUUUCAUUCAUUCUUAUAUUUCUUAUGCACAACACUCACAAUUGAUAUUUUCAAACUAGAAAAAAAUGUUUUCCACCAUUUCAACGUUUUACAUAUUAUAUCAUCUCGUAAAUAUCAUAAGAGUAAGUUCUUAUAAUGACCGAUAAUAUGUAGAUAACUUCAUUCUUAUGCGUGUUGCUUAAUAAUUUUUCAAGUAGCAAGCCUAUGUAUGUAUAAUACAACCAAUAAUUACAUGUUAUCGUUCAGUUACCUGAAGAAAAAUAAUUAUUUCGAAUUAUUUAUUAGAAAAUCAGUAAAGGAUAGACUAUUUUUUAUUCUUACGGUUGCAUAUGAGUAUUAUUAAAUUCCUUUUACUUAAGAACUGAUUUUAUACGUCAAGAAAUAUUCAGUUGUAUUCGAAUCAAUCAACUUAACUGAACAAUAGUCUUCGCAUUCUAUCGUUCUAUUGUACCAAUUAAAAAUAUUACUCGUAAAACGAAGAAUUUCUUAAUAUUAUGUUAAAACAAAUAAUAUCCGAAAAAACUAUUCAAAUUAUUUGGUUCAGCGUAGCUAUAACUUUUUGUUGGCCAAUUUCCCUCAACAGUAGCAAAACUCAAGUGUUUAUUUUCAAAAUUUUACAGAUAAUUAGUAUUAUUAAUGUUUUUAUGUUGCUUCUACCAUUAUUAUAUUCGGUUUACCUGCAUUUCAAUGAUAUUAUCAUUGUUUCUAAAUCUAUUGCUUUGUCAGUAGGCUUGAUUCAAGUAAUCGUGCAGACUAUUAUAUGCUUCAUCAAAUACGAUUCUCUGCAACAUGUAGUCGAAGAAAUGAUAAUUUAUGUCAAAGAAGCACAACAAUACGAAAAGAAAAUUUUCCAUAAAUAUAUAGAGAAAUGUCACAUAUUUUAUGGAUGUUCUAUAGCAUGUAUAUAUCUGACUGCAACCGUUUUCGUAAUAGGACCUGUAUUUUCGUCAGCAUCUUUCCCAGCAGAUGCAGAAUAUCCAUUUCAAGUUAACAGUACAUCAAUGAAGAUUAUCAUAUAUCUGCAACAGAGUUUAAUUGCCUUUCAAUGCGCUGGACAUGCAUGCUUGAGCAUAUUUGGCGCUCUUUUGCUCUGGUUCGUUUCUGCGAGAUUUGAAUGUCUAGCCGUAGAAUUGCAAAAAACUACAGAUAUUGGUAUGCUGAUUGUUUGCGUUAAGAAACAAUUACAUAUAAGAAGAUACGCAAGAAGAGUAGUAAUUAGUUUUCGCUUUAUAAUACUUUGUGCUAUGGGAGUAAGUAUAUUUUCUUUGACUCUAGGUGGUAUUAUAAUGAUAACAAAGUCACCAUUUAUUGUGAAAGUACAGUUUAUAACUUUGAUUUUGACUCUCCUCACUGAAAUUUAUAUGUAUGCUUGGCCUGCUGAUCAUAUGAAGGAUAUGAGUAUAAAUGUUUCAAAAAGUGUAUACAAUACAAUAUGGUAUGAACAGACAUUGAGAAUGCAAAAGAAUCUGUUAAACAUAUUGAUGUAUCAGCAGCCGAUAAUUCUUUCUAUUAAUUGUAUAUUGCCAGAGCUAUCAUUACGUUAUUAUUGCUCGAUAUGCAAAAAAAAUGAUUAAUUGGUUUCGUUUUAUAAUAUUUAAUGCCAUUGGAUUGAGCAUACUUGUCUUUACUUUAGCUAGUAUUAUAUUAAUUAUGGUAAGCGAAAUUACUUAUAAUUUUUCAUAGUAAUAAUAAUCUAAUUAAUACAAUUCAUAAACAGAAUGUGCCAAAAAUUUUGAAAUAUCAAUUUGUAUGUAUAUAGUCGUAUGUAGUUGUAUGUAUAACUUUAUUAACAAAAAUUAUUAUAUGUAUAUAUGGCCAGCCGAUUAUAUGACAGAUAAAGUAAAUGAUUUUCCAUUUAUUGCAUAUUGUAAAUUGCAAUAGGAAAAGUUAGCAGAUUUUUGUAUAUAAUAAAAUCUUUUUGUAUAAAGUAAAAGUUAUAAUAUCAUUUAAAAAAAAAUAUAUUGUUCAUUAUUGCAAAUUAUUAUGA